AUGAGACAGACUGGACGCAAGCUGGGUUCACUCAUACACGAACAUCAGCUGGCUGUUUGGUGUGGUGACACAUUAUCGCAAGUGGUGGCCCACGCCUACGAGACGGGUCAGGAAUUCAACUUCGCAGCCGCGAGUAUAAGUGCCCCCGCUGGCAGCAAGACAGGCCGAGAACUGAUUGAAGCCUGGGCAUCGGAUGCCAACUCAGUUGACCGAUGUAUUGAGCUGGCGCCUGCACAUGUUGCCCUGCACAGGUAUCUCCAGACACAUAGCACUGGUGGUUAG